UUUGUUGUAGCAGGAGCGACACAGCUUCUAGUUUCACUUUUAUCGCUAAAAAUAGAUUGACAGACGAUUUCGGUGACUUGAUGGCGUCGGCGAUUCUGCUCAGGAAUUGCCUAAAAGCAGUAACAUGUGGGGUACAGCAAGGAGGUGUCCAAGUUCAGACGGCACACAUGCUACACACUACUGAUCCCAACUCGAUCUUAUCUUCACUAUGGAUGAGGCUCCUGGGGGUCAUUAAUCAGGUUUAUUCCUAUCGUAUCAAAGAAGUAGGACCUGACAGGGCAUGUGCAGAAUGGCUGGUCAAAAAUGGCGGUGCUGUCCGAUGGGUGGGAUCCCCAAAUCACACUGAGACUGACUUUAACAGGCUGCCCCAGAACCUAGGCCUAAAAAUUGAGGAGAUCAUUUGUGAUGAGGCUGUUGUGCUACCAAAUGGCUUUGGAUAUUUAGCUGGAUUGAAGCAUGUAAAAAAGUUUACCCUACAUAAGUGCACCUUCGCGUCAGAUAGCAUGUUAUCCUACUUGUCUUGUCACCUGACCGACUCCCUCGAACAUCUCCAGAUCAGCAGCUGCCCUCGCAUCACACAGUCCGGUUUAGACCAGCUUGAACAACUCAAGAAGUUACAAUCUCUCUUACUGUUUGACUUGAAAAGGAUCGAAGGCAAGUCUGCAUGUGUUGAACAGCUGAAAAAGAAACUGCCCUCCGAGUGCCAAAUAGACUUUACAGAUGAACCUAAACCUAAAUAAACACAGGAUGAAAAGCAGGAUCAUGAGAGAGUUUGUGAACAAAGUUUGACAUUGAUAAAUUUGCAAGCAUUAUCCUGAAUACAACACUUAUACUGUUGUCAAUUUUUGCCAUCAAAUUGAUAUUUGGUGUUUUAAGACAUCUUUGUUUUUUUCGAUGUUGUUUCAUAGCACUUAAGAUGCAAGUGACUCUUAACGCCUUUUUUUGUUGAACUACUGUAAACACGGAAAUUUAGGCGAGGGGGAAAUUAAAGCUUAUUACACGUAGUCCUUUUGAUCGCGAAAAUUUCCCCUUUGAUAUCAAUUUGCAUGAUCUCGAACUACAAAUAAAGGUGGAUCGAUCACGAAAA